GCGAAAGACGAGCUCCGGUCUCAUUUCUCGUUCUUCUGAUUGAUAGAUCGCUCGGAACUUGGAAAGCAGCGUAAUCGGUAGGGAGUGAUUUGAGUUUUGGUGAGGAUGUCUAUGGUUGAUGAGCCUUUAUACCCGAUUGCUGUGCUUAUCGACGAGCUAAAAAACGAUGAUAUUCAGCGUAGAUUGAACUCUAUUAAACGGCUUUCUAUCAUUGCUCGUGCUCUUGGAGAGGAGAGGACAAGAAAAGAGUUGAUUCCAUUUCUUAGUGAGAACAAUGACGAUGACGAUGAGGUGCUUUUGGCUAUGGCGGAAGAGUUGGGGGGUUUUAUUCUGUAUGUAGGAGGGGUUGAGUAUGCAUAUGUUCUGCUUCCACCUUUGGAGACUCUAUCCACUGUUGAGGAAACUUGCGUGAGGGAGAAAGCUGUGGAUUCACUUUGUAGAAUUGGUGCUCAGAUGAGGGAGAGUGACUUGGUUGAGCAUUUCACUCCUCUGGCUAAGGUUGAAGUUGUUUACAUCCAUUUUGGUUGAUCUAAGAGAACAUCGCUCUGGCUUUAGCGCUCUUUUGGGUUGUGGUUGUGUAUGUGACCAUACAUACCUCGGUAUAGGUGCUCGUAAUGUGAAACCGACUUAAGCAUUACUGAACACUGUCAUUGUGUAACAGCGACUUUCAGCUGGUGAAUGGUUCACAGCCAGAGUAUCAGCAUGUGGGAUUUUCCAUAUUGCAUACCCAAGUGCCCCAGAUGUGCUAAAGACGGAGCUAAGAUCAAUAUAUGGUCAGCUUUGUCAAGAUGACAUGCCAAUGGUGCGCAGAGCUGCAGCAACUAAUUUGGGGAAGUUUGCUGCUACAAUUGAAUCAGCUCAUUUGAAGACAGACAUUAUGUCCAUGUUUGAGGAUCUUACGCAAGAUGAUCAAGAUUCGGUUAGAUUAUUGGCUGUUGAGGGUUGUGCUGCUCUUGGGAAAUUGUUGGAGCCCCAGGACUGUGUUGCACACAUUCUUCCUGUGAUUGUCAAUUUCUCGCAGGAUAAGUCCUGGCGUGUGCGUUAUAUGGUUGCAAAUCAGCUCUAUGAACUUUGUGAAGCUGUAGGACCGGAGCCAACUAGGACGGAUCUGGUGCCUGCAUAUGCUCGUCUACUUUGUGAUAAUGAGGCAGAAGUUCGGAUAGCAGCUGCUGGAAAAGUUACCAAGUUUUGUCGCAUUUUAAACCCUGAACUCGCUAUCCAGCACAUUCUUCCCUGUGUAAAGGAAUUAUCAUCAGACUCUUCUCAGCACGUCAGAUCUGCAUUGGCAUCAGUUAUAAUGGGAAUGGCUCCAGUCUUGGGUAAGGAUGCAACAAUUGAGCAUCUUCUUCCAAUCUUUCUUUCUCUAUUGAAAGACGAAUUUCCUGAUGUACGCUUAAACAUUAUCAGCAAACUUGACCAAGUGAACCAGGUUAUUGGGAUUGAUCUACUAUCACAAUCGUUACUGCCAGCCAUUGUAGAACUUGCUGAAGACAGGCACUGGAGAGUACGUCUGGCUAUAAUCGAGUAUAUUCCCUUGUUGGCCAGUCAAUUAGGUGUAGGCUUCUUUGAUGAGAAGCUUGGUGCUCUUUGCAUGCAAUGGUUACAAGACAAGGUUCACUCAAUCCGUGAAGCUGCUGCAAACAAUCUGAAGCGUCUUGCUGAAGAGUUUGGUCCUGAAUGGGCAAUGCAGCAUAUAGUUCCUCAGGUUCUAGAGAUGAUUAACAACCCACACUAUCUAUAUCGGAUGACGAUUCUUCGUGCAGUAUCGCUUCUCGCUCCAGUAAUGGGAUCCGAGAUCACAUGUUCCAAACUCUUACCUGCGGUAAUAACUGCAUCUAAAGACAGAGUUCCAAACAUCAAAUUUAACGUGGCCAAAAUGAUGCAAUCUCUCAUUCCGAUAGUCGACCAAGCGGUUGUGGAGAACAUGAUACGGCCAUGCUUGGUGGAGCUAAGUGAAGACCCAGAUGUUGAUGUUCGGUAUUUCGCAAAUCAAGCUCUCCAAUCUAUUGACAAUGUGAUGAUGUCUAGCUAAAAAAAGGUAAAGAAGACAGCAACGAAUUGUGUUUGGUUCUCAUGAGAUUUUGUAAACGAUACUUUGUCGUGUGUUGUCUUUUACUUUACACGUACGUGACCAUUGUUUCUCUCUGCUACUAAUGUUAAUGUUGGCUUCAUGUUUUCUGUGAUUUGUUCGUUGGGCGUAUUUGCUUUUUGGUGCUUAAUUUUGUUUAGUCCAAAUAAUUUACUUAUCAAGUGAUUCGGCAACGUUUUUGCUCGAAGCAUGAGUGUACAAUUGGUC